AUGUCUGCUCCUACCGAGCAAGUCAAGAUGUGGAACUCGGACAAGCCCAGCCACAGCCACCCUAACCGGCCCAAGAAGCUGGCUUGUGCUGACGUCCCCCAUGAGACUAGCAGUCACUGUAAGCGGGAGAGAGCCAUCUGCCACCAGCAGCCGGCCGGCCGCUCCGUGAGCGCAUCAGUCGAUGUCGACGGUGAUGUGAAGAUGAUGGAUAUUGACGAAGAAGUCGUCGACGGGGGGCACCAGGUUGAUACUCAAGUUGGUGUGGCCAAGACAGGGCGGAAUCCAGCCAACUCCCUGCCACAGGAGGCAGCUGCUCCCCCUGUCGGUCCAUCUAAGCCAGUAUCGAGUGCGGUCACUUGCUGCACGCCUGAGCCCUCGAACGGCAUGGACUUCGAUGACUGGUCAUUGUCCAAGGAGCUCCGUUUGGACAUGGCGAAGCGCCGCGCUAUGGCUUCUCUUGCAGGCACUCGAAAGAGGAUUGCUUACGACCAACGGUACUCUGCCUCCGGUCUCCAGAUUCCCACUGGGCCGAAAAAGAGUAACGGGGCGCCUAAGAUGACCCCACACAUCAGGGUUGGAGGCAAGAAGCAUCACCAUCAUAGUCGCCGCAUUUCUCCCCCCAAGUCACACAACGUGCGAAGGGGUUGA